CCCAGCAAAGUGUUUCCCUCUCAACUCUUAAAACCGCUUUUUCUUUUUCACUUCUUUUCCCAAAAAAGCACUUCUUCCUCUUUAAGUGCUUAAUUAAAGAGCUAACUGAUUACCCAAAAUGGCUUACCACGACGGAGAGGUAGGUUUUAACGACAUUUUCGCGGACCAAACCAAGCACAUGCAAAGACUCGUCAUCGACCAAGCUCCGACCCCGCCGCCGUUCUCCUCCGCCGCCGGCGGUCCUGCGUGGCUCAACAACGCGAUUUUGCAGCAGCAGCAGCGGCAUCAGAGCUUCGUUCAUUUGCAAAACGACACCUUUUCAGCACCCACUUGCAGUAACAGUACAGAGAAUGGAAAUGGCGACAAGGAGUUGAUAGAUUGCGGUGGGGAUGAUAAUGAUAACAGCUGGGAGAGCGCGAGAUGCAAAGCGGCCAUACUAGGGCAUCCUUUGUACGGACAGUUGCUGUCUGCACACGUGGCGUGUUUGAGGAUCGCCACGCCAGUUGACCAGCUGCCGAGGAUUGAUACCCAGUUGGCGCAGUCGCAGGAGGUGGUGGCUAAGUACUACGUAGCUGGUGAUGGACGCCUGGAUGAUGACAAGGACCAGCUUGAUCAGUUCAUGACACAUUACAUUCUGUUGCUCUGUUCCUUUAAAGACCAACUGCAACAGCAUGUUCGGGUUCAUGCGAUGGAAGCUGUAAUGGCUUGUUGGGAUCUCGAGCAAUCUCUGCAAAGCUUAACCGGUGUUCCUCCCGGUGAAGGCACGGGUGCAACAAUGUCAGAUGAUGAUGAGCAUGUCGACAGCGAUGCCAAUUUGUUUGAAGGGAGCGUCGAUGGCCUUGAUACCAUGGGAUUUGGUCCACUCGUUCCUACCGAGAGUGAGAGGUCCUUGAUGGAGCGUGUUAGGGAAGAACUAAAGCAUGAACUGAAGCAGGGUUACAAGGAGAAGAUCGUGGAUGUUAGAGAAGAAAUAUUGCGAAAGAGACGAGCAGGAAAAUUGCCCGGAGACACUACCUCCCUCUUGAAAGCUUGGUGGCAAUCACAUUCCAAAUGGCCAUACCCAACAGAGGAAGACAAAGCAAAGCUGGUCCAGGAAACAGGGUUGCAAUUGAAGCAGAUAAAUAACUGGUUCAUCAAUCAAAGAAAAAGAAAUUGGCAUAGCACCUCAUCGUCCGCUUUGAAGAGCAAACGCAAAUGGUGAGCUGAUGAAAACUGUAGCCGAUAAUGCCCUGACAAGAAUCUGCAGAUCUCGGAUUUGGAAAAACUUAAUGAUGCUUCAGAAAGAUGAUGUUUUGCUAGUAAUUUUCUAAGAUUUCAGAGUAAUUUAGUGAUUUUGUGUGGUAAUCACUUAUUAUGUAAAGUUAUUGAAUUGUUAUAGAAUGAUAGAAGUUUAUGUACAAAUACGAUGAAUUCCGAGUAAUCUAGUAUAACCUUCACGUACUAAA